AUCUUUUAAAGCUUAUUGUUUCAUGAAGUAAUGUGGAACAGAAAAUGCCAGAAUCAAUUUUUGUACAAGUUGGCCAAUGUGGAAAUCAGAUUGGUUACCAUUUCUGGGAGUUAGCUGUUCAGGAAUAUCUUUUGCAUCAAAAAUUAGUGAAUGAUCCCAGUUGUUUCUUUAAAGUAUGUGAAACUCCAAAGAAAUCAUACUCAAGUAUUUCUGACUGCCUUAAAGCGAGGGCCAUACUAGUUGACAUGGAAGAAAGUGUAGUUUCCAGAAUCCUACGAGGGCCAUUUCGAAACCUUUUUGAUAAAGCAAAACUAGUAACCGAUGUUUCAGGUUGUGGAAAUAAUUGGGCAGUUGGAAAUAAAUUUUAUGGUACAAAAUACAAGAGGGAACUUAUUGACUUGUUUAGAAAAGAAGCUGAAGAAUGCAAUAAUCUUCAGUGUUUCUUUGUAAUUCAUUCACUUGGUGGUGGUACUGGCUCUGGUCUUGGUACUGCUAUUGUUGAGUACUUAUGUGAUGAAUUUCCUAAAAUUCCUAAAUUUGUUUUUGCGGCUUUUCCUUCCUAUCAAGAUGAUGUGAUAACGUCCCCUUACAAUGCCCUGCUUGCAAACAGUCAACUAAUUAAGUAUGCUGAUUGUGUUUUCCCGUUUGAUAAUAAGACUUUAACAGAAAUGUGUUUUAAAUUUUCAAAAAUAAGGAAUUCACAAUCUCACCUGAAUGCUGCAAAAUCUCGUCCAUUCUCUGCUAACACUAGUGGUAAAGAUGCAAGACCUUUUGAAGAUAUGAAUGAUAUAGUUUCUAAUGCUAUCCUAAACCUCACAUGCUAUUCCAGGUUUCCUGGUGGCCUAAAUAUUGACAUUAAUGAAAUUGUAAUGAAUAUGGCACCUUAUCCUCGUCUGCACUAUCUUAUACCAAGUGUUUCUCCAGUAUUUUAUUUUGAAGACUUAUGUCAAAAGCCUGAUGAAAUGUUCAGUGAAGCCUUUUCAAUGUCACAUCAGUUAUUUCAGUGCCCUUUGAGAGAAGGAGUUUUACUUGGGUGUGCCAUUCUUUGCCGAGGUCGAAUUUCCAUGUCUGAUACAUUAAGCAAUGUUGAAAGAUUAAAAAAUACUCAAAAAUUUGUACCUUGGAAUGAAGAUGGUUUUAAGAUAGGAUUUUGUGAUGUACCUCAUAUUAAUUCUCAUCACUCACUUCUCAUGCUUUCGAAUACAUCAUCAAUAUCAAAACCAUUGAAUUUAUUGAAAGAAAACUUCAUGAAAAUGUAUCGUAAAAAGGCUCAUUUACAUCAUUUCCUGGAAGUAGAGUCAAUGGAGAAUGAUAACUUCAAAUCAUCACUUGCUGAUUUAAAAGAUCUUAUCGAAGAAUACAAAUCAAUGGAAAAUGUUUCUCAGAAAACAGAAUUACAACGCUUAAAUGUUUUACUAUAAAUUAAAUGUUAUAUUUUUUAA